AUGGUGCAUCUGGAUAUGUUUUCCAAAGUUAUUAUGAGUAUGGAUGUAAAACCGAAUGAAUUGAAGCUUGAUAUUAAAUCGGAUGAAGUGAAUGAUCAUGUUAAACAGCGAAUGAUUAUGUUAAAUGGGGUGCUCGACCGAUUGUUGUCGAGGGAGACCGAAAACUUGGGUUUUGGCGUUGUAAUCAGAAGUUCUGAUAAUGGUUCAGAUAGAAGACAAACAUUUGUAACAAUGAUAUACAAAAGAAGUGGCACGUACCAACCAAAUAUUACGAAUUCGAAACGAGAUGAUGUUGGAUCGAGGAAAUGUGAGUGUUCGUUUAAAUUGCGCGGAUACGGUAUGGCAGAUAAGACAUGGAAAUUUAAUGUGAUUUUCGGUAUACAUAAUCAUGACUUGAAUGACAAUCUAGUCGGUCAUCCCAUUGUAUGUCGCCUUGUUCCGGAGGAGAGGGGACUUAUUCCGGACAUGAUAUUAAACAUGGUGGCAUCGAAAAACAUACUCGCAUUUUGA